AAUAAAUAAAUAAUGUACUCCCUAUAAAUUUGCCCAAUUUUUUCAGUUUCCGGUAGCCGUCGAGCCGAUCACUCAAACCGGAGAGAAAAAUGUCAGAAAAUGGAGAUUCCCCGGGAGGAACGGACGUGCUCCGCCUCAAAACCCUAGCGGAGGAGAAGUACGUUUCCGGCGACCUGAAGUCAGCCAUAAAGCACGCCAAGCAAGCUCACCGUCAGUGCCCCAACCUAGACGGCCUAUCCGAGAUGCUCACGGCCUUCAAAAUCCUCCGCACCGCCACCAAGCCCGCCACAACGACUGAUGGUGCUGCAGGUCCGCCGGAUUACUACAAAAUUUUCCAGGUCGAGCGGUUUUCCAACAUCAAUGGCAUCAAGAAGCAGUAUAAGAAGCUUGCUUUGACCCUCCACCCGGACAAGAAACCAUUCGUGGCCUGUGAGGAGGCAUUCAAGCUCGUCGGGGAAGCGUAUAGGGUUCUGUCGGAUAAGAUUAGGCGAAAGGAGUAUGAUUUGAAGCUCAGAGUCGCUAUGCAGUCUUCGGCAGCGGAGGAAUCGGCGGCGGAGGAGACGUUCUGGACGGCUUGUUCGACUUGUAGGCUGUUGCAUAAGUUUAGCAGACAGUAUCUAGGGCAUAACUUAAUGUGCCCUAACUGUAAGAAGAGCUUCCAUGCUACUGAAGUAUCAGAAAAUGCUGAAAAUUCUGUUCCUUUUAGGGACAUUGAUAGUGAGGGUGAGAAAAAUAAUCAAGUUUUGGGGACUAGAGUUAGUGCUAGGAUUAAGGCUAGGAAAAUGACUAGUGUUGGGGAGGUUUUACAAAGGGAAAAAUGGAGAGGAUUGAAAGAUGUGGAUGAAGCUGAGAGUGGAUCAUCGAAUAGAGUGGAUAAAUCAAGAAAUGUUGGUGGGGAAGAAGAUGCAAGGAAUGACAGUGGUGGUGAGAUUGAAGGAGUGAGGUCAAGGAGAGGAGUUCAGGUGAGAGGUAGAGGUGAGGAUCAGGAGAAGAGUGGUAAUAAUGUGGUGCAGAGGUCGAGGGCAAAGCGAUUGGAGGUCAGUGAAGAAGAAACAAUGACAUUAGCAGAGAUGCAAAUGAUAGUGAAGAAGUUGAAUAAGGAGAAAUUGAGAGCAAAGGUGAAUGAGAUGGUGACGAAGCCAAACUUAGGGGAGAAGGAGCUGGAAAGCGAAAAGGAGGAUACAGAGUUGUGUUUGAGUGAAACAGAAAGUGAAAUAGAGGAAGCUAUGGAGACCAUGAAUGUGAAAGGAAAGAGGGAGAGACGUAAGGUGUCAAAAGGGGAGAGCUUGGAAGCGGUGCAAAGAAGAGCUACAAAGGGUGGAGAUCUGGGUGCCAAGAGGCGCAAAGUGUCUAUAAUAGUUGAUUCAGAGAUAAUGUCAGUGGAAGGUUCAGACUUUUACGAAUUUGGUAAUGAUAGAGAGGAGAGGAGUUUCAAGAAAGGACAAGUGUGGGCUGUUUAUAAUGACGAUAUAGAUGAUGGAAUGCCAAGGUAUUAUGCUUUGAUUGAUGAAGUGUUGUCUGUGAAUCCUUUUGAGGUGCGAUUGUUUUGGUUGGACUUACAAAAUAAUGAUGAUGAGGCAUUGAUUAAUUGGGGAAAAAGGGGGUUUCACAUAUCCUGUGGCAAAUAUAAGGUUUCUGAGCAAGCUUUGGUGAAAUCCCUGAAAAAGUUCUCUCAUGUCAUGGAUUGUGAAAGAGCAGCUAGAGCAUUGUACAGGGUUUACCCUAAAAAGGGUUCAGUUUGGGCAAUCUACGAGGAAAAUAACCCAAACGCCGAUCAAGAUGUUGAGGGCAAGCAGUACGGUAUUGUUGUAUGUUUAACCAGUUAUACUGAAAUACACGGCCUGAGUGUGGCAUACCUUGAGAAGGUUGAUGGUUUUAGGACAGUUUUCAAGAGAAGAGAGAUCGGGGCUCACGCCAUUAGAUGGCUCGGGAAGGAUGAAAUUACACUGAUGUCCCACCAAAUUCCUGCCAAGAAACUUUCUGGGGAAGAGGCAGUUGGCAUUUCUAAAGAAUGUUGGGAACUGGAUCCAGCUUCAGUUCCUUCUAAGAUGCUCACUAUUGAUCAGAGUAAAUAGCUUCCACCCUUGUACUUGAUAUAAGUUACUUGCAUUGAAAUUGUGAGUGCCCAUUGGUUUAUUAAUUAGUCAUUUCAGGCAAUAUAAUAUAGAUUUAAAAGUUGAAUUCUUUUAGUAAGGGAACUGGUGAAGAGAUUUUAUUGCUGUCUCCAGUUAUGCAGGUUCUUGAUGCAGAAAAGUCUUCCUUCCUUCCAUUGAACUUUGAUCAAAAGAAUAUGUGAUUGUAAGAGA